CCCCAUGGAUUGCGCAUGCCUAGCCAGACGUGGCAGCAGCGGUGGCGGCAGCGGUGGCGGCUCGUUCUUUCAGCGCGAGCGGGAGUAAGAGCUGGCCGGGCUCGUACGGCUCUGCUUGGGCGCAGCUGUGGGAGGACUCAGGGCUUCGGAGGGAGAAUGCUGCUCUUGCCGCUCCUGGUGGUCGCCUCCCCCUUGACCAUUUUUCCAGCAUGCGUAUUAUCAGCAAAGAUGUCCCCAUUAAUAGAAAAAAUUAGUGAUCACAAAGACUUCAAGAAGCUCCUGAGAACACGGAAUAAUGUAUUGGUGCUCUAUUCCAAAUCUUCGGCGGCUGCUGACAGUUCUCUCAGCUUAUUGUCUGAUGUAGCCCAAGCAGUGAAAGGCCGAGGUACGAUAUCGUGGAUAGAUUGCGGUGAUUUAGAGAGCCGAAAACUAUGCAAGAAGAUGAAAGUUGACCCUAGUUCGAAGGAGAAAGGGAUAGAGCUACUGCAUUACAAGGAUGGCGCAUUUCAUACUGAAUACAGCAGAGCGCACACACUAAAGUCAAUGGUGGCCUUUCUUAAAGAUCCAGAAGGAGCUCCAUUGUGGGAGGAGGAUCCUGAAGCCAAAGAUGUUGUCCAUCUUGACAGUGAAAAGGAACUUAAAAGGCUUCUGAAGAAAGAAGAUAAGCCUGUGCUACUGAUGUUCUAUGCUCCUUGGUGUGGUGUCUGCAAAAGAAUGAUGCCAUCUUUCCAGCAAGCAUCCACAGAACUGAAGGGCAUGUAUGUACUUGCAGGAAUGAAUGUCUACUCAGCUGAAUUUGAAAAAAUAAAAGAAGAAUACAAUGUCCGAGGAUACCCAACCAUCUGCUAUUUUGAAAAAGGAAAAUUCUUGUUCAACUUUGAGAACUAUGGUGCUACAGCAAAGGACAUUGCAGAAUGGCUACAAAAUCCUCAGCCACCUAAGCCACAGACCCCUGAGAUUCCUUGGUCAGAAGAAGAUAAUGCUGUGUAUCACCUAACGGAUGAUGACUUUGACAAGUUUAUUAAGGAGCAUUCUUCGGUAUUAGUGAUGUUCUAUGCACCAUGGUGUGGGCACUGCAAGAAAAUGAAGCCAGAAUAUGAGAAGGCUGCUGAGAUGCUCCAUGCAGACAGUGAUAAACCAGGUGUCCUGGCAGCAGUGGAUGCUACUGUCAACAAAGCUGUCGCAGAAAGAUUUCACAUAUCAGGCUUUCCAACACUCAAGUACUUCCAGGAUGGAGAGGAGAAGUACACUUUGCCACACCUCCGAACAAAGAAUAAAAUUGUUGAAUGGCUCCAGAAUCCUCAGGCACCACCUCCACCUGAACCAUCUUGGGAAGAAAGGCAAACAAAUGUUAUCCAUCUUGCAGGAGAAGACUUUAGGGAAUCUUUGAAGAAGAAGAAGCACGCCCUUGUAAUGUUCUAUGCCCCAUGGUGCCCACACUGUAAAAACUCCAUCCCGCAUUUCACAGCUGCUGCAGAACUCUUUAAAGAAGACCGAAAGAUUGCCUAUGCUGCCGUGGACUGUGCCAAAGAACAGAACCAUGACCUGUGUAAGCAGGAAGGUGUGGAUGGUUACCCGACCUUUAACUACUACAACUAUGGAAAAUUUAUAGAAAAGUACAAUGGAGACAGAGGGGAAUCAGGCUUUUCAAUUUUCAUGCGAACCCUCCGAGAACGAGACCAUGAAAAGAUAGGGAAAAGGAAAGAUGAGUUGUAACUUCUGCCUCAAGAAAAGAUUUCCACUGCACUGUGAACGGUCUCAGGGCCGCUGGUACAAGCCUGAGAUUUCACGUCUUUUAAAAUGAAGACUUUGUUUUUAUAUGCAGCCAUUGCCAUUUUGUACAAUUUUGAAAUAAAGUGAGAUCAUUUGAUUUUUAAAGUAAAAUAAAUGAUGUCAUUGUUGCCAUAUUCAGUUAAGGAGAAGCAGAAAAAGAGCAUUUCCUCACCAUUUGAUGCACCUAUGCCCAUUGAUACUCCUAUGCAAUCUUUUUGUAAUCUGUAGGUUUGAUAGUGAUUUCCUCUGACAAGGUAAUUUCUGCAUUUUUAAUUUUCAAAGAAUAUUAUAUGUGAAAUGGCUUUUAAAAAUGGAGGGGGGAUUAAAGAAAGAUGCAAAGGAUCCAUCAGAAGCAAGUUCCACUGAAAUGAGCAGAAACUGAAAGCAGAUUAUGGACCCACCAGACUUGGCUGGGAUCGUCUUCAGCUGCAGAAGUGCGCCAUGUGCAUGCACGGCACUUGCGUCAGGGCCCUGGUGCAGUGAAGUUCCCUUUCGGUCUUUAUUGUCCACGUGCCCGACAGUUGUCCGCCUGCACUGCCUCUCCUGCUCCAUGGCUGGCAGGACACCUGCAAGAGCGAGGCACCGAGCAUGCAGUUAGCAAGGCAGCUUGGGAUCAAGAGACAGCUGCCUUUUCCCAGAAGCAACACGUGCACUUGCCAGCUGUGCGUGGCAAUGCCAAACUGGUAAUACAGCCAGUUGUGACUAGGACAUGCUCUUACAGGCUUGCAAAAAGUUAGGCUUUGUUUUUCCUGGAGUGAUUUCAGGACUAAUUUUUAAGGUGCUCAGGGAUAAUUGGAAAAUAACGAAGAAGCAUUGGCUAUUUCAGAUCUUAAUUGACUGUAGUGGUGUUUCGGUUUUUUAAUCUGCCGUAAUUGAACUGUUUACAUAUCUUUAUAGAAUGUAUGGGUAAUUGCAAACAAAUGACUCAGCGGCUGACACGGAUCAAGCACCAAAAUUAUUUUCAUUGUUUGUGUUUGCAUUCCUGUUUUCCGACACUCUUGUAAGCACAGGAGUGCUUAGUGCAGGUAAAGGCUCUACUUAAUUUAUGACCUGACCGUAUGAACUGCAUAUUUGCUAAGCAUUUGUUUGACUGUAUGUUUGACAGGCAUUGAUAUUUUUGAUAUGAAGAAACAUCAUGCAACAAUACUUGUUUACGUUCCAAAGGCUUGUCUGUGUGUGUUACAUAGGAAAAAAGUGUGAUUUUUGUAGAAUUCUAUAGAAGCAGGCCAUGCUUUAAGAAAAAAGUUUAGCCCUGUCAGCAGUGUAAGAAAAUAAACCAUUACUAGAACUAGCUUUUACAAGUCCGUAAUUGUGUGCUGAUUCUGUGAGGUAAGGGUGAUUUGGUCAUUGUGUCUUCAUGGGGUUUAUUAUAUUUUUUGUGAUUUUCAAUUUGAUCAAAAAGAAUAAAAAUUUGAAAAUAUA